AUGACUACCAUUCGGUGUUUGUUGGCUGUCGUUGCUUCUCGCCAAUGGAUUAUCCACCAACUUAAUGUCAACAACGCCUUCUUACAUGGAGACCUUGACGAAGAAGUCUACAUGACUCCUCCUCUUGGUUAUUGUUCGAAAGGGGAGCCUCGUGCAGACCAUUCUUCAUUCACUCUGGUUACUCCUACCAGCAUCACUCUUGUUCUUGUCUAUGUUGACGAUAUUCUAGUUGUUGGCAACGAUCGAUCACAAAUUGAGGUCUUCAAAAGGGUUCUCUCUACACACUUCAAAACUAAAGAUCUCGGUCCUCUUAAAUAUUUUCUUGGUCUCGAAGUUGCUCGAUCAUCCCAAGGCAUCUUUCCCAACCAAUACAAAUAUGCUCUUGACAUCUUUUCUGAUAGUGGUCAACUCGGUGCUCGGACUGCUUCUUUUCCUAUGGAACAAAACUUAAAGCUCACCAACCACGACAACUCUCUUCUUUCAGAUCCUUCUCCUUAUCGUAGACUUGUUGGUCGACUCAUUUACUUGACUAUCACUCCUCAUGAUAUUGUAUUUACAGUAAACAUUCUCAGUCAAUUCAUGCACGCCCCUCGUGCCCCUCACAUGAAGGCUACUGCUUGCGUUCUACGGUACAUCAAAGGCAGCCUAGGACAAGAUAUUUUCUUUCCUUCCUCCAACACUCUUCAUGUUACUGCCUACACUGAUUCUGAUUGGGCCAUCUGCCCCACCACUCGUCGCUCCAUCACAGGUUACUUUGUUCAGAUUGGCACCAGCCUUAUUUCCUGGCACACAAAAAAACAGACCACUGUGGCUCGUUCCUUUACUGAAGCUGAAUAUCGCGCCAUGGCCUCCACUACUUGCGAACUCACUUGGUUGAAACAGCUCCUCGCUGAUCUUGGUGUUCGUGACCCAGAGCCUAUCCACCUCCAUUGUGACAACCAAUCUGCUUUACACAUUGCUCACAAUCUUGUGUUCCAUGAGCGCACUAAACAUAUUGAGAUUGAUUAUCACAUUGUUCGAGAUAAAAUUCGCUCCGGCCACCUUCAUGCUAUUCACACCUCCUCCCAUGAGCAAGUUGCCGACAUUUUCACCAAAGCAUUAGGUCGGGAUCUCUUUCAUCACUUUCUACCUAAGUUGGGCAUUACGGACCUCCAUACACCCACUUGA